GUCGUACCUGCUUAUUGCCCACUCGCCCGUUCGCCAGUCGACGAGUAUACAAUUUUUUCUGUGUCAAUAUUAUUUUAUUGCUGACUGAAAGGAGGGGAAAACGCAAAAAGGCUAUAGAAAUUCGCCCCGAUCCGCCGACUGCCGACUGCGAGUGAAAGCAAGAUGAACGAGGGCAGGCAGUACUCGAUCCACAGCCUGUGCAGGAUCUGUCUGAACCACCUGCAGAACGACGCCGCCUACGAUUUGUAUCUGGUGCCAGGACUCUCGAAGAAGCUAUGUUUCUGCACCUCCCUGUCCGUGGAGCAGAACGACGGCUUCCCGAAGAACCUGUGCACGCUGUGCUACACGAAACUGAAUGACCUGCACGACUUCCAGAGGCAGUGCGUCGAUUCGGUGCAGAAGUUCCAGGAUCUGGUGGCCAGCAAUGUCUUUGCCUGCCAGAGCAGCUUCGAUGUCCUGGAUCCCAAUGUCGCCGUCCAGGAUUACCAGGGCGAGGAGGAGGAUCAUGUCAACUACGAUCCCCUGCUGAAUCACAAGAUGGAGCUGAUCGAGAACGAGGAGGACGUCUUCAAGAUGCUGGAGCAUGUGGACAAGGAGGCCGAGGAGGUGGAGAACGGCGCCAAGGUGGAGCGCGAAGAUCCGGAUGAGGAUCUGUCCAUCAAGAUGUUCGACGACGACGCUUCCUCGCUGGAGAGCGGCAAUGACAACGACCACGACCUGGAUUUCGAGCCCAACAGCAGCGACGAUGACAUUCCGCUGGCCCAACGGAUGCGGGGAGUUCCAGCUGGAGGAACCUCCUCCUCCUCCUUGGCCAGCAAGCCCAAGGCGAAGCGGGGACGCCCCAAGAAGAUCAAGCCGCCGCCGCCGGCGGACGAGGAGGAGAUCAGCGGCUCCUCCGAGGACUCCGAGGAUGACUCAGAGGACAAGCCGAAGAGGAAGCGCAUUCCGCUGGAGGAGCGCCACCUGCACCGCAUCAUCGACUGCCACAUCUGCCACCAGAAGUUCAAGAAGGCCAUCCGCUACGAGGAGCACAUGAAGUACCACAACGACCUGCUGCCCUUCCAGUGCAAAGUGGAGACCUGCAAGAAGGGUUUCACCACCGCCAACGGGCUGCGCAUCCACAUCGACCACGCCCACACGGAGCUCUCCGAGGUCCACGCCUGCAUCGCCGAGGGCUGCGGCAAGACCUUCCCGCGCGUCCGCCUGCUCACCUUCCACAUGAAGAAGGUGCAUGGCAUCACGAAGGCGGCUGCUCCUUUGCGCGACUUCCCCUGUCCCGAAUGCGACACCGUCUUCCGCUGCCCCACGGCGCUCAAGAAGCACAUGUACAAGCACACCGGCGAGGAGCUUCCCUAUCCCUGCAACAUCUGCGGCAAGCGGUUCGUGAUCAACAGUGCUCUAAGGGAUCACCUCAUGCGGCAUGCGGGCAUCAAGAAUCAUGUGUGUCCCUACUGCGGAGUGGGCAAGACGACGCGCCAGGAGUGGAACGCCCAUAUCCUCACGCACACCAAGGAGAAGAAGUUCAAGUGCCGGCAGUGCGACCACGCCUCGCACAACAAACAGGCGCUGUCCAACCACGUGAAGGUGGUGCACGAGAAGCGCAAGGAUUUCGCCUGCCAAUACUGCGGCAAAACCUUUGGCAAGUCGCAUGCCUGCAAAGUUCACGAAAGAAGUCACACGGGGGAGAAGUGCUGCGAGUGCAAGAUCUGCGGCAAGAUCUUCCUCUGCGAGAAGAGCCUCACCAAGCAUUUGAAGACGCACGAGAAGAGGGAUCUGCCGCCGGCGGAGCCCCAUCGCCAGCAGCUCAACAUUCCCAUGCCGGGCCAAAUGAUGCCUGGCCAGAUGCCCAUGCAGAUGCAGGCCGACGGCCUGGUCCAGAUGGAUCCCCAUCAGAUGCCCAGCGAGGAGAUGCUCAAGGCUUGCGGCGGCGGCAGCGGCGGGUCCGCGGCAGUGCCUCCCAAGCCGAAGAACUCGCGGCGCGUCCAGCGGGUGGACAUUUCCCAGCUGGCCGGCACCGCUGUGAAUCCGAUACCCUCGGUUUCGGUGCCCUCGUGGUCGCCGCAGGUGAACUUCACCAAGAAGGAGGGCCAGCACAUCUGCCCAGGCUGCGGGCGCGGCUUCAACAACAUCGGCAACAUGAAGCUCCACUACAAGAUCAUCCACGAGAAGGUCAAGGACUUUGCCUGUCGCUUCUGCCCCAAGCGCUUCUCCAAGGCACAGAUUUUGCGCCACCACGAAUGGAUACACACCGGGGAAAAGCCAUUCGAGUGCAAGAUCUGCGGCAAGCACUUCCGCCAGGAGACGGCGCUCAAGAAGCACAUCAAGACGCACGAGAAGCCGAACAGGAGGCACGUGCCCGAGCGCAGUGCACCCACACAGAUCACGUUCCGCAAACUGGAGCCGGAUGCCGAGCCGCGGAACUUCGAUCAGUACCAGGAUCCCGCGGUGGAAAGGGCGGCCGCCACUGCCGAGCUGCUCGCCCAUCAGCUGGAGGAGAACGAGGCCAAGCGGAAGGCGGACAUCGAGCGGCAGAAGAUCGCGGCGGCCGCUUGCGAGCAGCUGACGAAGCUGCAGCAGCAGCAGGAGAUCAUGAAGGCCACCACCUCGUACGAUGGCUACUACGCGCAGAAGGCCCAGGCCGAGGGCACCAGCUUGGAUUCGUUGAAGAUCGAUCAUGUCUAGGCUUUAGGCUUUACUUUAUAUAUAUACAUACAAUCUAGCGACUUAUGUAUCCACUUCUACAGCAGCUGUCACUGUCCGGAAAUCUUUUAAGCAUGCCUCGAAUUGCUCUCUAGCUGGAUGAUCAGAUUGUAGGUUUAUAACACAUAAACAGCCCUAAUUAUUCGAGUACAUAUUACAAUAUGAACACUUCUUAUUUUUACAUACGUUUAUACAUACAUGCAAUAUAUGUAUUUUGUUUUUCCGUGUAAUGUCUCCCGUGCUUACUUAGAGUAAUGGAUUAAAAUAAUAUACACAACGCC